AUGGGUGAGUGAAGGAUCCUCCGCUCGGUGUAGUGGCGAAUGACGGGGCUGGGUUCCGCGGUCGGCUCACUGUUGGCUGACGAUGAUGUAUGUGCCGCUGUGACCCUGACCGGCGUGACCGGCGUGACCGGCGUGACCCACCCACUGCCAAUCUCCCCGCCCGACGCGCGUGCCUGACUGGACUGUCCAGCUGCGUCCGCCGGCGCGAACGAAUCGCCGCCGCUCUCGUCUGCGGCGACGCAACGCCCUCUGCUCGACCGCAUGCCCUCGACCUUGGGCGACGCCCCCGUGGCGACCAACUCGGUCGUGAACCGCCAGGCGACGGCCUCGUCGUCGCUGUACCAGAACUGUCGCGCCGUGCUCGACCGACUGGACCGGGUGCCAGGCUUCACCGACCGCUUCGCCAACCCCGACGACGAGAACGAGGCGCACAUGGCCAUCUCGACCGAUCCGGUCUCGCGUUCGUUGCAGAUGCUGCGCUUGGGCGCCUCGCUGUGCUUCCUCUUCAACGCGUUCGAACUCGAGCGACGCCUCGAGGUGAACGCGCAGGCGACGAUGCUCAACCUCAAGGCGUGUCAGAAGGGGACCGCGCACUUUGUCAUGGCGUGCAAGCAGGACCUCAAGUUCCCCGACACCGAUCUGUUUGCGAUCCACGAGCUCUAUGGACAGGACACGAACGGCGUCGUAAAGGUGGGUGUUGCAGCUGCUACCAGUGGAUGGAUGGGCCGGGGUUGCUCCUGUCGCGGAGGUGGUGUUGGGCCACCGCCACGUCGGAAAAGGGGACAGCGCUAAAGGUGCCAGUCGAAUCGAGCUGACUCACAAUCAACCGUACCCGUGGCUUGCCUCUGUUACAGGUCAUCAAUACGGUCACCAAGGUGCUGAACCUGUUGGAGGAUCAGGGUCGACUGCUGCCUCCCAAGGCGACCCCGGCGGUUCCGCUCGCACCGGCUGGCCCCUCGGACGAGAGGAGCAUGAUCGUCCGCGAGAUACUGGAUUCUGAACGCAAAUACGUCCAGGACCUCGAGGUUCUACAGGUUAGUCUUCUCCCCCCCCCCCAUGACCUAUGCCCUACGACCCGGAUAUCGCCUGUCGGAUCAUCGGCACGGCCCUGCCGCACACCCUCCCUCCCUUUGAAAGCCCGACACAGCUGGUGUGUCUCCUUUCCAGGGCGCCACAUGGAUCGCGGGCACGUUGUCCAGCGGUCUUCGCACUAGCCUUUCACCUGCCAAUCCCCCCUCCCCACCUGCUGCAGCCCAAGUCUGAUCAUCCCGCCCUGGCUCCCCACAGGACUACCAACGUCAAGUCCAAUCCAAUGACAUCAUCACCCAGGACCAGAUCCACAACCUCUUUCUCAACCUCAACACCCUGUGCGACUUCCAACGACGGUUCCUCAUCGGUGUCGAAGCGAAUGCGAGUCGACCACCCGAGGAGCAACGAUUCGGUCAUCUCUUCCUGCAAAUGGAGGAUCACUUUGCCGUCUACGAACCUUACUGCUCGAACCUUACCGCCGCCCAAGAUCUCGCCAUCGCGGAGAAUACCGCCUUAUCUGUGAGUGGGACGGGCUUGAACUUGACACGAAUGCGACACGACACGCCUUUUGCGUUACUGACACCCUAGGUUAUGUGCUUUGCACACACAGAAACUCUCGCACGUCCUCGAUCCCGUCUCCGAACUCGCCCCCCUGCUCAUCAAACCUGUGCAGCGCAUCUGCAAAUACCCGCUCCUUCUUGGCCAGCUCGUGAAAAACACCCCCGAAUCGAGCCCUUACUACCUCGAACUGCAAGCUGGCCACGCCGCCAUCAUGCGCGUGACCGAUCGUGUCAACGAGACGAAGCGACGCGAGGACAUGCGCCAGGCCGUAGUCGACCUCGCCUCGCGCGUCGACGACUGGAAGGGGCACGACAUCAACUCCUUCGGCGAAUUGUUACUGAUGGAACCCUUUGCUGUCAUCAAGAAUGACACCGAGCGCGAAUACAUCAUCUACCUUUUUGAACGGAUCAUCUUGUGCUGCAAGGAGGCGCCGCCGAACCCCAAGGACAAGAAGAACAGCAAGAGCAACUCGAUGAUCAGGCGGCCGGUACCGACCUCCUCAACACGACGUCCGACAAUGCUCUUGCUCAAGGGUCGGAUUUUCAUCAACAACGUCACGGGCGCGGUGCCGAGCCGAGUUGGAGGUGAGUCCGGCAAUGUCGAACCAGGCAGGGAGCCGGUGUCUGUGUUCAUGAAGGCUGACGAAAAGCACAUACUUGGCGAAUUUACAGGCCAAUGCUUGCUCGAUGUCAGAUGGCGAGGUGACGUCGCGGAGGAGGCCUUCACGAUGCGGUGUCGCACUGAGGAGCUGCUCAAGCAAUGGCAACGGACGAUCACCAAAGCGGUCGAAGAGGCGCCACUGCGACGCCGACAGGCCCAUCUCUCUGGCGGUCGACGAUCCGAACGCAGCAUGAACUCGCCCAUCUCGCAAUUCCCGCAGACGCCCAUGACCGAGUUCAGUCCGAGCAUCGGGUCAUCAGGGUACGCGUUCGGGAACGACUGGAACAGCUCGCAGGCGUUGUCGAUGGCCGUCCGGAGUAGCAACCCUUACGCCAACGAGUUCGAAGACGACCUCGACGAGAACUAUCAAAACCAGACCGAAUCGGGCCGAUCGACGCCGAGUUUACACGGCUACGCGGGUAGCCUUCCUCGACGAGCAGGUGUGGCGACACGGUCCUUGCCCGCCGAGCAACGCGGAGCGCCGGGCGAUCCGGCGAAUCGCCCGCGAGCACAGACACAGGAUUCGUCGUCGGCCCUCAUCAACGAAUGGCGGAUUCAGACACCGAGUUUGCCGCGAGGUGCAGCGAGCGCUUAUCCGAAUGAUCGCAAUGUCCGACCCUCAGCGAGCAAUCACCAAUUGCGGUCACAGCAGAGCACCGAAUGGGGGUCAGCAUACCCGAGAGGGCCCGGGCAAAUUGAUCACGACGGUGGCCACGAGCACAGCGGCCGACCGCCGUUGCGACACCAAGCCUCGGCCGCGCCGAUGCAGAGACAGGGCUCGUACGGGACCACGGCCCCACCACAAGCCCCGGCGAUGCUUCGCAACCGAUCGGCGAGCAGCCCCAACAUGCAUCAGCAGCAGCAACAACAAUUCGGCGGCGCGAUGCCGACCUCGACCUCAGCGGCUGACCAAGAAUGGUCUUCCCGCACCGGGGCGUCCUCCCAUCCCUAUGCGUACGCCUCGACGAACGGUGAAGGCAACAGCAAGAAGCAACCGGGUGCGACCAACUCGGGUGUGAGCACACUGGCGUCGCAGUCGUCGGCGUCGACGCACUUGAAGAGGUUCAGCUCGUCGAGCAACCACACCGACCGGUCUUCGACGACUUCCAACACCUCCGCUGGGCCCAUCUACUCGAACGCCACCUCCCCCGUUUCGAGUGCUCCCCUCCCCCCUCUCCCACACGAAACCGCCCGGUCCAACGGCGUCUCCGCUCCAUCCUCAGCCGUGCGCGUCAAGGUCACCUACAGCGAAGACACCUUCGUCGUCGUCGUCCUCGCGACAGUUUCGUACGCCGAGUUGCUCGACAAGGUCCUCAAGAAGAUUCGUCUUUGCGGUCGGACAUUGCAGGAUGCGUCUUUCCUCCGUAUCAAGUACCUCGAUGAGGACGGAGACAAGAUCGCCAUCACGAGUGAUGAGGACGUGUUGAUGGCGAUGGAGGACGUGAGGAAUGCGGGGCAGGGGUCGGCGGGGCAUCCGACGCUGAUUCUGUUUGCGAGUGUCGAUUAG